AUGAAUAGACACUUAAGUAAGCUAGUUAAAAAAUCGUUUUCUAAUCAAAUUAGGAGUACCUAAAAUUAUACUAUGCCUCAUCCAAUAUGGAAUAAACCAGAACUGGAUCAAGUUAGUUUAGAACAUAAAUCUGCAAUUACUUUUGGAGAUCAUUUUGCCUAUUAUUUUAUAUAAUCAAUGAGAGUUGGAUUUGAUAUUAUGAGUGGAUAUAAAAAGGUUGUUCCAUUUUAAUCAGAAUAAGUGUCUGAAAAGAAAUGGAUCAAUAGAGUUCUAUUUUUAGAGACUGUUGCUGGAGUUCCUGGAUUUGUGGCUGGAAUGCAUAGACAUUUAAGAUCAUUAAGAGGAAUGAAAAGAGAUUAAGGUUGGAUACAUACCUUAUUAGAAGAGGCAGAGAAUGAAAGAGUUCAUUUGUUAACUUUUUUAAACAUUAAAAAACCUUCAUUAAUAUUUAGAACUGGAGUUGUUCUAGCAUAAGCCUGGUAUGUUGCAUUGUUUGGAGUGGCAUAUAUGUUUUGGCCUAGAGUAUGUCAUAGAAUUGUUGGAUACUUAGAAGAAGAAGCAGUAAAAACCUAUACUCAUAUGAUUCAUGAAAUAGAAAGAUAAGGAAGUCCUAUUCAUUCAUGGACUACUAGAAAGGCUAAUCAACAAUCUAUUGAAUACUGGGGAUUAGAUAAUGAUGCAACUCUCUUAGAUGUUGUUAAAGCAAUUAGAAAAGAUGAAGAACAUCAUAAAGAUGUAAAUCAUUAUUUUGCUGAUGAUUACACUUAAUCUAAACCAAACCCUUUUCCUCCUGGUAAAUGAAUUUAUUAUUAUAUAAUGUCAUAUAUCAUCAUAU